AUGUCACUGAGGGUCGUCACUGAGGGUCCGGUCGACGUCUCAGUUCCUGCUCAUGUCACUGAGGGUCCGGGCUAUGCCUCAGCUCCUGCUCACAUCACUGAGGGUCUGGGCGACGCCUCACCUCCUGCUCACGUCACUGAGGGUCCGGGUGACGCCUCUGCUCCUAGUCUGCAGGCCUUCCAGGGGAGGGUACCACCUGGCUCCAAGACUGGCUCCAAGCCUCCAGAGUUCAGUAAGGGGUUCGAGGACCAACCGUCUCCCAUCAAAGUUCGAGAGGGGUUCGAGGAUGGACCGCCUCUGUUUCCUAUGCCAGAGGGGUCCAUGGGCCAGAUUGACGUUUUGCCUAAGGCACCAGACUCCACGCCUGACUAUGGUGUGCCAGACUCCACGCCUGACUAUAGGGCGCCAGACUCCACGCCUGACUCUAAGCUCCGAGGUUCCUCUGAGGUUCCUCUACAUGGCCAACCUCCUGACAGAGGGUCCUCUACUCUGCUCGGCCGGCCUCCUGAUCAACCUGCAGGUUCCCGAUGUUGCCGACGGCCGCCCAGGUCUCUACCUCUCUGCCGGUCUCCAGGUCUUCGCCGCCGUCACCGGCUGAUCAGGCCUCUGAGUAGCGAGUCCUGGACUCCUCCUGAACUUUAUGCCCGCACGGGACGACCUCCUGGUCACACAUCUGAAAUCUGUGCCCGCACAGGACGACCUCCUGGUCGCCCGCCUGAACUCUGUGCCCGCACGGGCCAAGCACAACUGCCAAGCCGCCACAGCGCGGGUACAAGCUGCACUCCAUCUUCCCACCUAACCGACUGUGACUUUAGCCCAGCACCAGGACGGGGGCCGGAGCCACAAGAGAAAGGAUCGGAGGGCAGCCACCACGGCGCGGCAAAGACUGGGCACCCAACCAACCCCAAACCACAAACCGGGAGACGCCUCAGCAUGCCUGCCACACACACACCCGCAUGGCAUACCCCUGCCACACCGAGGAGGCUGGCCAGCUCCUCCACCAAAGCAAAGUCAUACCCCCAAUUGCCCUGCUCAGCCAAGACCCAUCUGCCAGAACCCGGUGGCCACCCCAGACAGUGGACAGGGCACCGAAACCAGAGACCGAAAUUCAAUAAAUCUGGACGAUCCCGAGAGAGCCAAAAUGCUAGCCCCAGCAACAAUCGAGACCCGACACCAAACCCCAGCCGAAACCCUGACCAGAAGGCCAGCUCCUCCUCCCGGCCUCCCACCCUGGAACCGCACAAACCCUUAAGAGCCGAUCCCCAGCCCUCCCAGUCCAGCUACUGA